GGCCCUCCCGGUCCCAAAGGAGAGAGAGGUUCUGCUGGAAGUCCUGGGUUGAAAGGGCCUCAAGGACCCAAAGGUGAAAAGGGAAAGGAAGGAGCUGGGAAGUCUGGAGUGAAAUAUGUCCGUUGGGGAAGGACCACUUGUCCAGGAGGUGCUGAGCUAGUUUACAAAGGUAGGUCAUCACAGACACCUGUUAACUGAGACUGCAUUCUAGCUACUACUAAAGGGUUUUAGAAACUGAUGUAAUAAAGUAGAUUUAAGUUAUUGUCAAGGUCAAAUUUCAAAGGUCUCCAGUCAGUAUCUUUUUCACAAGGAUAGUUAUAGGGACCUUCUCUGUUUUAAGUUUACAGUUUGCACUUUAAAUACUUGGCAAACGGAGGACUUUUCGACAUAUUGAACAUUUACUUAUUUACUUAAUUUAUUAUUAAUUCAUUGUUUAUUUUGAGUCAUUGCAAACCGAUCACAAGCUAGAGAUUCAGCAAUUACCUUUUAUCUCAGAGAUUUAUUAGUAUUUCAGUUGUAGUGCAGUAAAUCAAGUUUGUUGUAACACUAGUUUGCCCUAUUGUACUGUCAAUUACUAAGAAAGUGAAAUUUGUUGUGCGUUCACUUUAUAGGAGAGUGAUGUACCUUUGCAAACUUGUUGUUUGUCAUCCUCAGGUUUAAUGGGAGGUGAAUGGUACGGUCACCAAGGUGGUGGAGUAAACUAUCUUUGUCUUCCACACAAUCCAAAGUACGACAGGUAUAACGACGGCAAUCAGUACUCAGGAUAUGUGUACGGUGUUGAAUAUGAGGUCAGCUCCUACAGUGGGUAUCCUUUCAGACGAAAUCUUCAUGAUCACGAGGCGCCUUGUGUUGUCUGCUUCGUCAAGUCACGUGGUUCAAUGCUGAUGAUGCCCGCACGGAAUGACUGUCCUACUGGAUGGACCGAGGAGUAUCAUGGGUACCUGAUGACUGAAAAGUACAACCACCCGAACCAAAAAGACUUCGUCUGUGUUGACAAAGACCCAGAGUAUAUUCCAGGGACCAGUGGAGACAAGGAUGGUGGCUUGCUAUACUUCGUGGAAGGGGGCUGUAGCUCACUUCCGUGCCCUCCAUAUGUUGUGCAUCGAGAGCUGACAUGUGCUGUUUGCACCAAGUAA